CGGUGGUGUAUUGUACUGGCCAUAACAUACUGCCAUCGAUUGGAUAUCAACCAUUGACUAAACGCAGUGUAUUUGCGAGCUGCCAUUCAACAUUCACUCGUGCUGCAGCACAUUAACAAAGCAGUUGAAAUGCGCAUCCAUUAUGCCGUACGGCUGCUCGUUUUCUUCCUUGCAAGUGCCAACUUCGUGAGAGCGUCGAUGGAGAACAAAAACAUUGCAAGUCCAAACGAGAUCUCAAGCAAUCGGGCGGCCGCCGCGACAAGAGUCCUAGAGUCCCAUAGCGCAGCAGAUAUACGCAAAGUGGACGAUAUCGACGAAUACGAAGAGCGAGGAGGGCUAUCCAAACUCGUCACGCUGGCUUCGAAGGUCAACCCAUCUGGAACCAAUGCAGUACUGUUGGGACUUAACAAGAGACCGGAUCGGGUUUUUACUCUCUUUGGUGUCGGGAAGAAGCUCGACAAUAAGCAGGAGGUAUUCAAUUGGCUGCGCUUUACCGGAAAAUAUCAGGCAAAACAUGGUGGUAAGGAUAGUUUUCCAAGCUCCAAUAUUCUGUCGCUAUUACGAAGUGGAGAAAAGGCGGAUGCAAAGCUGGCGCUACUCAUUCAAUCGGUCAAGCAGGUCCGAGACAUAAAGGAGCUCGGAAGAAAUAUGGAGAAAGCGCUGUACAGCGAAUGGUUUGCAAAAAAAUUGAGACCGGUCCAUAUCAGGAAGCUUUUAGCUGACAGCCGUGGUUCGGCACCAGACGUAGUUAAACAAAUCGUUGAAAACUACGCGUGGAGGUAUGUGAAACUUCUGGGCGAAAAACUGACAAAAGAAGAGUUGGAAAAGUUGGGGCCUCCUUUAGUUGUAGUCCAGGGUCUCCUAAAAGAGAAAUAAUCCCGCGGUGGUUGCCGCCAACACAAUCAGCGAGGUCUCACGUGCGAGAACGCGCAGCCU